AUGGAUUCUAAACUUGCAAAAGGACAAGUCAAACUUGACUUUUUACACGCGUUUGGCUCCCUCAGCUCAGCAGGGAUCCGAGACUCAGUUUGCUUUGGAGAUGAUGAAAGCAGCAUAGUGCUGCUCCCUGAUAUUAAUAAUAAAAUGGCUACCUAUGGAAAUUUUAAAACCCUUUCCCUUUAAUAUAUUAAUUAUUAUAAGAUUUCAGGUGUCUUUAUCCACAAUGUCAAAGCAUGGCUUACCACAUAGGGUUGGACAAAUUAGUGCAAGAAUUCUUGAAGGUAUAGGAGCUUUACUGUUUGACACAUCCAAGGAAGGUGACCCUUAGGCUGAGCACACGCAGGAGUGUAGCAUAGAUCAGAUAAUGGUUCCGUGUAUGUUUCUGGCUCACCAAAGUGUGUCGAAAAUUUCAGAACUUUCUUGCCAUUUUGGUGACUCUGGUAUCAUUUUGGCUGCUGGGAUCGCCCACGAUUUCUCUGUUUGAUACUUAAAAGGAUGGACCCAAGCAUGCCUAAAUCAUCCUGCUGAAGAGGUAGUACGUUAAAAUACUAAAUAGUUAAGUAAGUGCUGUUCCCUGUAGGUCGGCAUAUAGCAGUCCGAUCUCUCGAUACCAACGAAGUUACAUUCAUCUCGGUGAUUUAUAAUUAGGAACCAUCCUCAGUCUCAGCAAUUACAGCUAUGUCAAUAAGUAAAGAAAGAUCAAGGCGUUUCUUAGCUGUAGGUGAAUAUUUGGAUAAAGAAAAAAUUUCACAAGUUACAAUUAUCGAUAUCAAAAAUCCAGGAGGAUAUAAACCUUUUGCUAAUAGGUCAUAUUUAUUAAUUAAAUUUUAUUUAAAAUAUGUAUCAAAAGUGUGCCUUGAGCUUAUUUAUAUAUUUUUAGCAUAAAAGACUACGUGAGCUAAGAAUUCCCGACCAAAACGCGAAAUUUUCCACCCUUGCUUUUUCAUAUGACUCAAAGCUCAUUACAUGUGUAAGCGGCGGGAUGGGGAUUGUCUGGGACUGAUACAAAGAAAAAAUCAUCGGAAAAGAAGCCAUCGGAGCCGAGAUCACAAGAAUUUCUGUCAAUCCAAAAGACAGCCACUUAGUCAGCACAUCAGGCCCAAAUCAUUGAAAAACCUGAAGAGUUGAAGAAAAAAUUUUCAAAGAGCAGCCUAUGUUUUCCAAGCUGGCCCAAACGCAAAAUUUCACAGACCAUGAUUGGCUUGACGACGACACUGUAAUUGCAGUUACUGACAUGGCCGAAGCUUUUAUACUAUUAUUUAUAGAUUUUUUAAUGGUUUAGAUACUAUUGGACAAUUUAUAUGAAAAUACCAUAUAUCCAGAGGCAACCAGAUUGUCCAGUAUAUAGAAUUUGGAUUAGGGAAAAUUUCUGACACAAUGACCACUGCAUCAGUUACGUGCAUGCUGGGAUUUUCGAGAGGAUUUAUUAUGGCAAGUGAUGAAGGCUUUCUUUCAUUGUGGGAAAGAGCUGAAACUAAUGAACUCGAAGACCAGACCCAAGAGCUGUUUUCUUUUAUAAAGUCUUGGAAUUGUGGCAAAAAACAAGCAAUUGUGUCACUUGCCUUGUCUAAUUCAGAAGAAACAUUGACAAUUGCCCUGAAAUCAAAUGAUAUAGGGACGUGUUCACUUUCACAAGUAAUCAUGUAUGACUCUGUAAAAUUUAUACAUUUUUAUAGAUAUCCGGGUUUUUUUUCAUCUUUUAUAGCCCUUAGCCAUAUAUAGAUUUCUUUAUGAAGCAAAAUGUAAUAGAUAGUUGAACGGCCAAGACAGAUUCAAUCAAAGGGACGAAUCUCUAUAACAGGAAGGCAAUGACGCAAUUAUUAAAAUAUCUUUAUUAUAAAAUUAAUUUUUAAUUUUAAAUACCCUUUUAGACAGAAACUGAUAAAUAUCUUACCUAUUUUCCCCUAUUUUUCUAUAAAUAUAGACUCAAGCAACCAAAUAAGAGAAUAUUCUAAGUAUAUAAUCAUUUUAAGGGUAUUCUUUUUUUAGGCGGUGCUGAUAAUAUUUUCAUAUUGAUAUCAUAUAAAAGCAUUACUUCAUGAGUGACAUGGGAGAUUAAGAUUUGAAGUGAGUGAAAUUGCUGAAAGUACUGUCGGAAUUCCAGCAGAGAAAACAUUGAUAGAGCAUUGAGUUCUCUAAUUAACAAAGUGCUUGACCUCUUAUAGUUUGUGAUAGUGAAUUUCACAGUCCAUUUAAAACUUUGAGCAUUAGAUAGGAUUAUGGAAAUUUGUUUUUCAUAGUCAUUGCUGAAGUGAUCAAGCACUUUUUUAAUUAGAGAACUCAAUGCUCUAUCAAUGAUUCCAUGCUAGAAUUCUGACAGUACUUUUAGCAAUAUCACUCACUUCAAAUCUUUAUUUUCGAAGUCAUUUUUGAACUUUUAUCUAAAUCAUCAUGGGAAAUGACUGAGAAAUUUCCAUAAUGCAGAAGCCCAUGAGCUAUCAAUGCUUUUGCUCUAAAAGUAUGGGAACAGUUCCAGCAAUUUCUGUAAAACCCAAGAUCAGUUCCAGCAAUUUCACUCGCUUCAAAUCUUUACAUUCAAAAUUGCUUAUAAAUUAGAUUAUUCCAGAAAUACGAAAAUGAAAAUCUCUUAAAAUGAUUGAACGCUUUGCAUAAUGCAGAGGAUAAUAAAUUAUGAAUGUUUCUACUUUUGAAAGUCUGUGAACAGUUUUAAAAAAUUUCACUCACUUCAUUCUUUCACCUUACAAGUCGCUUAUUUUGUAUUAUUUAUUGUAGAAAUCCGAUAUUUCAGACCUUUCAUAGAAUGGCUGAGAGCUUCGCAUAAAUAGAAGUUUAUGAGUUGUUAAUAAUUCUGCUGCAAAUAGCCCAGCAGCACUUCCUGCAAUUUCCCUCGGCUCAUUUCUUCGUUUUAAAUUUACUACUCAUACUAAAUUACUUUCUUGAACCUAAAUUCUAAAGAAAGAGUAAGAUACUUAUGAAUGCCAGCUAAAAGCUAUUGUAAUUGCCCGAGGAUGGCGCAAGAUAGCGCCAUCCUCGGGCAAUUACUAUAUCUUUAAUUUAAAAUUAAUUUAAUAAUAAUAAAGCAUUUAAAAAUAUUUGCAUAUGCUUGUUAACUUUUUUCACACUUUUCAAUCAUUUUUUUGACAUGCCACUUUUAUACCUUCUUGGCAUAGAGAUCCAGCUUAUCCCUUUAUAAGAGUCUGGCUUGGUCGUUCAACUGUCUAUUACAUUUUGCUCAGUAAAGAAAUCUAUAUAGGGGUAUUGACUAUAACAUAAAUUUCUAGAUAAUUAUUUAUUUUAAGCUGGAAUAAUAUUUUUUGUGGAGGCUUCCAUUCAGGAAAAAUCAAUGAAAUGGAUGUCGCUAUACAGCGGCCUUUAUUGGUUACUUGCUCAGAAUCAGACGCUACUCUUAGAAUAUGAAAUUACCAUUCAAUGAACUGUGAAUUAGCGAAAAAGCUCUAUGUAGUAGAAAGAGAUACAAUGGACCCAGCAGGAGAAGCAGUCAGCCGGCCUCUUCUCAGCGUAGCUUUUCAUCCAUCAGGGUAUUAUAUAGCAGUCUCUUUUGUAGACCGUGUAAGGCUUUUUCAUCUUUUAUAUGACGAGUUAAGGUUUUUCCGAGAAAUCAAUGCCCCACGUGCCAAUGUGCUAAAAUUUAGUAAUGGUGGGCAUAUGCUAGCUGCAGCAUCUGGACAAACAAUAUUGAUAUACGAAUCUUAUACUUUAGAAUGUUUACAAAUAAUGAACGCCCAUUCAAGCUUGGUCCAGGAAAUGUGCUGAAGCUAUUUAGACAAAAAACUGUUUACAGUAGGUGCUGAUGGCGCUAUGUUUGAAUUUGCAACAAAUACCUGGACAAAAGAAAAAGAGCAUAUCCCUUAUAUGCUUAUAAUAAAAAAUGGUUAAAUAUUAAAAUCCUAUUUUUAAUAGGAAAAAAACAUAGUCAGAAAUAUUUUUUAGAUAAUUCAUAUUAAUUAUAAUAUAAAUACAAAUAUUGAAUAUUGCUCAUUGACUAUUACAGAUGAAGAUACUGUUAUUGCGUCAGGCUGGGAAGGACAGCAAGCAAUGCUGCUUGAAAAAGCAGACUAUGAAUGAAAACUGCAAAAAAUUGACAAAUCGUUGACCCAAGUCUGUUUUUUCCAGUCCUCCCAUAGAAAUCCUGUAUUGCUUGGCUCCACCAAUGAAGGGACAAUUUUGAAUUUUGGCUCAGGAAAAGAAAAAGUGUGGCUUGAUGAAAUCGAUGUCCAUCAAGGCUCAAUAACCAAGCUGCGAGCGUCUCCUGAUGGACGAUUUGUGUUUUCAGCUGGCGAAGAUGGUGCUAUUUUUGUAUAUUUUUCUUACUCCCCCCCCCCCCCUCCGUGAGCGAACAAAAAAAUUUUUUCGUUCGCUCACGGAGGGGGGUUAAUUUUUUUUUUUAAAAAAAAUUUAUAUAUAUAAAUUUUAUAAAAAAUAUUUUUUUUUCGAAAUUUAAAAAAAAUCCCUAAUUUGCAAAAAUUGGGAAGCAAAUAUUAAUUUAAUUUGCAAAAUUUAUGUUUUAAAAAACGCAAUUUGUUUAAAAUUAAACAGAAUUAGCUCUAGAUUUCAUUAUACUAAUUAUCACUUAUAUAUCAAAAUUUUUUUUCCAUUAAAAUUUUUUCUAUUAAAAAAAUUUUUGUUCACUCACGGAGGGUGGGUUUUUGGUCAAAAAAUGGCGAUUUUUCUAAUGGUUUUGUUCGCUCACGGAGGGGGGGGGGGAGUUAAUAAAAAAAGCAAAUUCUCUAAUUAAAAUUUAUUUAUAAUAGUCAUCUUAUACAUAAUAUUUAAAGUAGACGAAAGUCUAGACUAUUCCCAUUUAGAGCAUAUAACAGUAGAAGGCAAAGAAAAAGAGCUUUCAGCCCGAGUUGUAGACGAUACUCUUGCAGAAAUCGUGCUAAUCGAAAGAGGACAGCUUGAUAAAUUUAAAGACGCAUUAGACCAAGAAAGACAGGAGCUUGAAAAAAUGAACCAUACAAUCACAAGCAGCUCAAAGCUUCGAGAAAGCCAAUAUCAAGGGAAACUACAAGAGAUCAGGGACAGUAUUAUGGAAAAUAUCAGAGCUCAACAGGUCAGGAUUGAAGAAUUGUCUGCACAGAAAACAAGGCAAGAAAGGGACUAUGAGAAAAAACUGGCACAGCUGGAAGCAGAUCAUAAUAAAGAAGUAGACUCAUUAGAAACUAUGUAUGAAAGGAAGCUUGGGAUUGAAGAUGAACGCUUUAGACAGCUAGAACAUGAUAAGGUUGAAAUGAAGCAGCAUUAUGAAGACCAAAUAAAAAAUAUAAAAGUCCAUAAUGAACAAGCUGUAGAAAGCUUAGAAAAAGCAUUUAGGGAUGCAUUAUGUAAAGCAACUGAAGAAUAUGAGUCUACUAAAAGAACAGCUGAAGAGCUAAAAGAAAUUUAUGAAAAAAGAUUAAGCCAACAAGAAGAUGAGCACGAAAUCGAGGUUUUGGACUUAAAAGACAAGUUUGAAACUCAGCUAAAAGAUCUGAAAAAACAAUAUGAAGAACUUGUAAAAAUUAAAAAAGAAUAUAAACAAGCACAAUCUGUCGCAAACCAAGACAAGCAGGAAGGAAUACAGAAAAUUGAACGAAAAAGAGGGAAAAUUGAGAAAAAAAGAGAAGAAAUCAUGAAUUUGAGGCAGCAAAUAAAAAAUUUGGAGCAGGCAAUUAAGGAGAAAGAAGAGACUUUGAUGAAAAAAGAUAACCAAAUUUAUGAGUAUAAGCGACAAAUAAAGGAUUUAGAAGAAACAAAAAAGCUUUUAUACUGUAAUUAAGUGUAUGAAUAUUAGAAAAUAAUAGAAAUGGCUUAUUUAUUUAUAAAAUAAUCAGGUUUACAUUCAAGAAAGCUUGAAAUCCUUGAUGAAAUGCAGCCAAAAGAAGAAGAAAUCGAAAUGCUUGGGACAAGGAUAAAGAACGUAAGAACAGAUCUACAAAAAGAGAGAAAAGACAAUGAAGAGCUAGAAAGAAGCUUAAACAAGCUAGAAGAUUUAUUAAGAAGGCUAAAAAUUGACAAUAAAGCCCAACAAGCUGCAACACAUGAAGUCGAAACUGUAAUAAGAUCCAUUAUAAACGACAUUCACCAUGCUGUGUCUACAUUAGAUAUAGUCGAUUGGCCAGAUGAGCUUAAAAAACUAUCCCUUUUACCUUAACUUAUCUUAUUAUCUAAUCUCUAUAAAAAUCUUUUUUUUCUCAAUAAAAUAGAAUAUAUCAAAAUUACGUCCGUGAAGAUGGCUCAAAAAUCAGAAAAGACGCUGAUUCCAUAGAAGAGCUUGAACACCAGCUCAGAUAUAUGGAAAAAUCUAUUACUGGAAUAAGAGAAAACUCAAAAAAAUCAAUGAAAAGAUUUAAGGUUGACAUGAGAAAAAGGACUCAAGAAAAUUCAACGCUAAUACAAGAAUUGAAUAAAUUAAGGUUUGAAAAUAAAAGAGACGAAUUUAGGAUAAAACAGCUGGAACAGAUGAUAGAAAAAGCGCAGGAGUCAGCAAAAGCAAGAGAUAUCAGUCCAAAACAGCAAGGGAAACCAAUUCAUAUGAAUAAAGAACAGGCAGCGACACCUUAUUUGGGGUAUGUUAAUAAGCCAAGUCCAAUGGAGCAUAAGUUUGCGUCACUGCAAGAUAGACAAAGGAUUAUUGAUUUGCAAAAUGAACUGGAAGAGAAGAAGGAACAGAAUUUCUAUUUGAGGAUGGAAAUCAAUCAGCUGCGUGAAAUGCUGGGGAAGACCCCAAUUAGACUUAGCUAGAUUAUAGAUAAUCCUUAUUCCCUUCCAUAAUACUCGACUCGUCCAACGACUUUUAAGGUCUUGCUCCUGCCAGCACAUGCUCCUGGUAGUCGGAAAGUUUGGGUCACCUUGCCGUUCGUCAACUGGGUUUGGUUUCUAGAAAAUUUGAAAAAUAAAUUAUCUGGUCACCUAUCGACUGAUGUGAAAAUUCGUAAUCUAGGACGCAACGCCUGGUAUUGCGCUGAGAGAACGUUCAUGAUCGACUAGAAGGAGUCAAACUGAUAUCGCUGGGUCACCACUUUAUAACUCCGAACUCCAUCUUCCUGAGAGGCAAAACUUGACCUAGAUGCUAACUUUGUGCUCGCAACUCGGACAUUGCACUCCACUAAACCAAGUAGCCUGAAUGGAUGCUCCCAGCUAUAGCUUUAGGAGAUUAGGCUCGUUCGCCAUUCCAUUUUUAUUUAUGCUAGGAAGGCUCCACAACAAUAA